AUGACUGACGAUGAGAUUGCCCAUACAAUGAGUACAGACCCAGAGUGGCAGUCAAAGGCUCGUGGUUGUCGAUUACACAUCAGCCUGAUUGAACAAGAAACUCAUGAUUGUCAUGAUGACGACGUUGAUGCGGCCGAGGAUGAAGAUCAGCCGACUUGGAAAGAUCGGGUAGUUGACGGCAAAAACAGAAAGAGGGCGGAUCUGACCUCGGUAGACCCCUGUAUCUGUCUGGAUGACAACGGUGUUGGAAUCGCAUUUCUGCUCGGCCUAGGACUUCUUAUCAAAACCUGUCCUGAUGGUCGUGUGGUACAAGCUGUGGUGGAAGAAAACGCGGAGAGGACCCGUGUGCAGAUACCACCAACAUGGGAUCAAAGUAGCUUCAUUACGCUCGCCAAGGUGUUCAGUCUUCUUGCCCUUGCGCUGGAGCGCAUAGACUUCCUUGGUGUACAUGAGGACAUGGAAAAGGCACUCGAAGAAGCGAGGUUAAAGAUCCAAGAUGAGCUCUUGAUGAUUAUCGCAGCCAGAACCGACCAUACCGACUUGAAGAUUGCGGCUCCAGUCUUACCGUUUCUGCCGCUUGAUCGGUUGUGCGGCGAUGGUCAGAGCCUCACCUUGGAGCACUUUCAACAGAUAGUCUCCAGAACUGUGCCAUAUUAUGCCGUGGCACCGAGAGAGAAAUUCCAUCGGGCUCAGUGCGGUUGCCUGUUCCCUGGCGGACUAGCUGAGAUUGGGAAAACAUCGGUGGUACCGGAGACUAAGGUCGUACCUCAGCGAUUUUACGAUGCUCACCAAAGUAAUGCGUCAAAUCUGAAGGACAAGAUUGUCACUAUUCCUGGUGACGCGCCUGUGGAUAGUUACGUUGCACUUUCAUACCCUUGGAAGUCAUACAACUCUGAAGACCUCGAACGGAUCAUUGCGACAGUCGACAAGGAGCUGAAGCAUCGGUACUACUGGGUUGAUAGAUGGUGCAUUGACCAAGAGAGCUUUGAGGACAAAGAAAAAGAGGUGCCAAAGAUGAAGGACUACUACUCCAAUGCCGAGUGCACGCUGAUCCUUCCUGGAAUCUCACUCCCUAUCGAGCUUGCUCAAUUAAAUACCAAUGGCGCAAAGGUCCAACUCUUUAAUCCCCAAUUCGCGCAACAAGUCAAAUUAAUCUGGGAGGACUGCGAGUGGACUCGGCGCUGCUGGACAUUACAGGAGGCUUAUAUGAGUAAAGAAUGUAUUUUCUGGACAGGACAAGAAGGGACCCCUCUCAUUCAUUGCACCCAGCUUCUUGGCAUACUGCACAGUUCACCAUUUGAUGAUCACCACUACAUCAAUGCCCUUCCUUACUUACCAGUUGACAUUGGUCAGUUUGGCGAUACAACGUUGGUGGGGAGGUCACUAGCAAUCGCCGAAUCAACAGCAGAGUCGAUUUACCAAAGGUCCAUCGUCAGAUGCGCCGGCCACGGAACUAUUCUUGACGCGAAUGCCUACCAGCGCCCUUUGGCAGUGCUCGUGGACAAGAUUCGCGGUCGGGAAGCAACUCUUGAGCUAGAUGAGUACUAUAGUCUCUUCUCCAUGGCAUCAGACAAGCUUCCCGCGGUCGAUUACAAGAUUAGCACUUUCCAGCUUCUGGAGAGGAUGGUUAGCAGCGGUGCCUUGGGCGCAAAUAUCCUUUUGACCAACACUGGUAAAGGCUCUGGUGGAAAGGGAAGUUGGGUACCUCGCAGGUGCAUUCAACGAGACCAUUCAAUGAUAGGGAUGGAGGUGAACGCCGCACAACCGACUGUCUCAGAUGGUGCAAUGAUUGUCAGCGCAUAUCCGCUCACAAUCACGACCGAGGACGACGGAGAGGACCAUUUUGCCGCAGGCACUCAGAUUUCUAUGCUAUAUCCCCAGCCUUUGGGGGAGAGGAUUUAUGAAGUAGGCGUAUGUGGCACCAUAAGUCGUAAGUUGAAGAAAGCUGGCAGUUAUCUUCUGCUAGAACCGCCGAACUGGGGACACGCGAUAUUCACAAGUGGGCUGGUUCUCUUGGCGACUGAAGAACAGCAACCAGGGGACCAUUGCGUGGUAGAUGCUACACUUCUGGAUAAUAUGACACAGGACAAGUAUCUGGAGAACCGACAUAUGUACGAUGGUCAGCAUUUCCGGCUUCUUUAG